CACUGCGCGACAUCUCACACCUCCCUGGACCCUACUGUUCUCUCUGGUCUGCGCCAAAAGACUCAAACCUCCGUGUCGCUGAGGGCGUCCAGCCAUGUGACUUGUUGUCCCAACCUACUAGCCCACCGCUCGCUCACUCGGCCAAAUACGUGACGCAUCAUGGGUCAAGGUUACUCACUCACCACCCUGUCGGCCGGGGCUGCCGGUAUUGACGUGCCAGAGCUUGCCGACUUGACCUAUGAGAAGUCACUGGGCAAUGCGCGCUUUAUGAAAUGCGUCCGCGGUCGGCACAAGGAUGGACUGGUUGUCGCAAAGGUUGUUAUGAAGCCUUAUGCGAGCAUGAAACUAGAUGAAUAUGUCAAGGCAUUGCUGGAUGAACGAAAGCUCCUCUCUGAGGUGCCAAACGCCCUGGCGUACCAUCGCAUCCUAGAGACUAGUACCAAUGGUUAUCUUGUCCGGCAGUUUAUCCACAGUUCCCUUUAUGAUCGCAUUAGUACCCGUCCAUUCCUCGAAGACGUCGAGAAGAAAUGGCUCGCUUUCCAGCUGCUAUGCGCUGUAAGGGAUUGCCAUGCUCGCAACAUCCAUCAUGGAGACAUCAAGACAGAAAAUUUGUUGGUCACUUCAUGGAACUGGCUCUACUUGACCGACUUUUCUUCAUCAUUCAAGCCCACUUAUCUGCCGGAAGACAAUCCGGCUGACUUUUCUUUCUACUUCGACACCUCCGGCCGGCGCACGUGCUAUCUAGCUCCGGAACGGUUCCUUAGUGCUGGAUCUCAGCCUGAUGGUUCCGGCCAGGUAGACUGGGCCAUGGACAUGUUCAGUGUCGGUUGCGUCAUAGCAGAGUUGUUCCUUGAAACUCCCAUUUUCUCCUUGAGCCAGCUUUUCAAGUACCGCCAGGGAGAAUACGACCCGUACCAUACACAUCUCCAGAAAAUAGAUGACAAAGAUAUCCGCGAGAUGGUAUCGCAUAUGAUCAAGCUCGAUCCAAAUGGACGAUAUUCAGCAGAGGAAUGUCUUAGUUUCUGGCGUCGGAGAGCAUUCCCAGAUUACUUCUCCAGCUUCCUUCACCAGUAUAUGUAUUCGAUUACGGAUCCCUCCGCGGGCCGAGGACCUAUUACUGCUGGCAACGAAAACUUUGGAGAGGCUGAUGAGAGAAUUGAUAAGGUCUACAAUGACUUUGACAAGAUAUCCUAUUUCCUGGGUUAUGAUAUGGAGAAUGCCAACCGUAGGACCAUCGGUAAUGCGUUCUCAUUGCGCAGCAAUCUGUUUCCUCUCCACAUCGAUAUUCCAAAUUACCGGCAUCAAGCAUCAGGUUCUGCCAACAAUAAGGUGGAUGACGGCACUCUCAUCUUCCUCACCCUUGUGGUUGGCUCGUUGCGGAGCACCGCCAGAGCCACUGCGCGAAUUCGAGCAUGCGAGCUUCUUUUGGCGUUUGCCGAAAGAAUCACGGACGAGGCAAAGCUUGACCGCAUUCUUCCGUAUGUGACGGUUCUACUCAACGAUAAAACCGAGCUUGUCAGAGUCGCAGCGCUUCGUACAAUGACACAAGUUCUCGCAAUGGUUUCGGUCGUCUCGCCCAUUAACGCUUAUGUCUUUCCUGAAUACGUUCUUCCGCGACUGGAUCCAUUUCUUCCGGGACACAAAUCCGAGCCAAGUCCACUCCUUCGCGCAACAUAUGCUUCGUGUUUGGCUACACUGGCGACCACUGCGUCUAGGUUUCUAGAUAUGAUGCAAGCCCUUCGGGCUGAUGGAUCACUCCCAACGAACGACCCGGAGGCGGAGGAGGAUGUCAUGAGCCGUUCAACGUAUCAAACUUUGUUCGACAUAUCCCGCGAAGAUCUUAUUUCCAAGUUCGAGAUCCAAACCAAAGCAUUGCUCACUGAUAGCGACCCAUCGGUGCGCCGUGCUUUCUUGGGCUCAGUAUCCAGUCUCUGCGUCUUUUUUGGAAGCACUAAAGCCAACGAUGUAAUCCUUAGCCAUCUCAACACUUAUCUCAAUGAUCGAGAUUGGAUGCUAAAGUGUGCUUUUUUCGAAACAAUCGUAGGCGUGGCGACCUACGUUGGUGGUGCUAGCUUGGAAGAAUUCAUCCUUCCACUUAUGGUGCAAGCAUUAACCGACCCAGAAGAGUUUGUUGUAGAGAAAGUGCUCCGGUCACUAUCUGCAAUGGCGGAACUCGGUCUAUUUCAACGCUCCAGAACCUGGGAACUGGUAGAUAUCGUUGCUCGACUAACGAUGCACCCCAACGUAUGGAUUCGCGAGGCGGCAGCAGAGUUUAUUUCCUCUGCCACAAAAUACCUCUCGAUUGCAGACAUCCACAGCAUCAUCAUGCCACUUAUACAGCCCUACAUGAAGAUAAAGCCCUCAGUAAUUACUGAACUGAAGCUAUUGGAAAAUUUGCACAAGCCUAUUUCUAGGCUCGUGCUCGACAUGGCUCAAACAUGGGUUACAUCGGCUGAUAAAGGCCUGUUCUGGAGAUCAGCACGAGAACAACGGACUUUCUCUUUCAGUGCCAUUGAGGAGACUGUACCAGCUAUUUCGGGCAGGGAACUGGGCCCCAAGACUCUUAGCAAGAUACCCAAAAACGACGAAGAUGAGCAAUGGCUCAAGAAGCUGCGGAAUGCUGGCAUGACUCACGAAGAUGAAUUCAAGCUAGUAGCUCUUCGCGAGUAUAUCUGGCGCGUCGCCCAUCGCAGAAAGCAAGAUAACAAGGACACACCUCAGUCAAAGUUCAACACUAUCAUCCCUCUCAAAGAUCUUGGAAUCACUCCACAGACAAUUUUCUUCGAUCACAAUCAGACAAUUUUCGAUGAAGUGGUUACUGAAAGAAGAAAAUCGGAAGUCAACAUGCCGAACACGAUUGCAGAUGCAUUGCGUGAUGCUUCAGCGCCGGCUGAAGAUGCACUCUCGAGAAGGAGAAGGUCGCACAUCAACAGCCACCUCGAACGCCAGGCGCAAGAUGACCAAACACAAGCAAGACCCACGCCGCUUAGGUCACCCUCGCUGUCUCCCUCACCAGGAGGAGCGCAAAGCCCUCCGGAUGUGCCCAGUUCUGAUUCUGAAAACCGUCGAAUCAGCGUUCAGAUUCCGCGGAUACGUGCCAGAGAUAACGAAAUAGUCGGCUCUCCAUCUUCCAUCACUUCUAGGCACGAACACAACUCGGAUAGAAGGUCCAGUGCUAUGAGUCUGAUGCACAGAGGCCAGACAGGCAGUAAAGCUAACGCAGAAACCGGAACUACAUCAGCCAAUGCCUUCGGCAAGGUUGAUAGUGUUGCUGAAGGACGAGACGAGAUAACUGGACGCUCCAAAUCUCCUCUUGCAAUCGCCCAAGAACAACACAAGAACGAUCCAGAGAAAAUCAAGUUCCAAGCAGCGCAUUCAUAUACCGGCCAUGACCCGACUAUUCUCAGACUUCUUGAUUCCGUCUAUCUCGAGAACUUCCCUGUCGACAAUGUCGAAUUUGGUCCACUGGUGAACCCAAUCAGCCGGAGACAGCCAAUCAAACGGGGAAGUGGUCAGCCAACAUCAACACCAUGGCGGCCUGAAGGUACUCUUGUCGCUAUGAUGGGAGAACACACAGCGGGCAUUUCCCGAGUCCUUGUUUCGCCAGACCACGCCUUCUUCAUUACCAGUUCGGACGACGGAACAAUCAAAGUUUGGGAUGCAUCGCGCCUUGAACGUAACAUCACCCAUCGCUCACGUGCAACACACAAGCAUGCGGACAAGGUAAAGAUCACAAGUCUAACAUUCGUGGAAAAUACACAUUGCUUCGUCAGCACUGGCGACGAUGGCAGCGUGCAAGUUGUCAAAAUCGACUACAGCGAGAUCCAGAGCGGCGCUGGUGUCAGCACCCGCUACGGAAAGCUCAAGGUUCUACGGGAUCAUAAGUUGGAGAAAGGUCAACACGCCGUCUGGUCGCACCACUACAAGUCCGAAAACCAAUCUGUCUUGCUGCUGGCGACGAAUACUUCGGAUGUCAUCGCGUUAGACCUGCGCACGAUGAGCACCCUCUACACCUUGUCCAAUCCUCUGCACCAUGGUGCGCCUGCAUGCUUCGUUACGGAUCGCAAGCAUCAUUGGCUUCUGCUCGGCACCACUCACGGCGUUCUCGAUCUCUGGGACCUACGUUUCAAAAUGCGCCUCCGAGCUUGGGGUUUCCCAGGUGGAGCACCCAUCCACCGUAUUACCCUGCAGCAUGUCAAGUCAUCACGCAAGCCGAAGUUCAUCAUUUCGGGUGGCACUGGAAGCGCGGACAUAACAGUCUGGGACUUGGAGAAGGUCAUUUGCACAGCCGUAUACCGGACCAGUGUGUUUAAGGAGACGUCUUCGUCCCGGAACUACACCCUCCUCGACUUAGAUGAGGAGCGCCCAGGCGGUAUGCUUGGUCGCUUCGCCGCAUCUAUCGAGUCCACCAGCGGUAGCGGUGCGGACCGCAGUGUUCGCAGCCUAGCUCUAGGCUCCGAUGAUGGCAAUGACUUCCUGCUCAGCACCGGCCCCGACUGGAAAGUCCGUUACUGGGACACCAGCCGACCAGAAAACUCAGCCGUAGUAUCCGGUUUGGAACCCGAGGACUCGAAGCCCGCAUACACGACACUACCGCCCUCGGCACCCAACCCUGAGACGGCGAUCGUGCAGGAAAAGAUUUUCCGGCCACAGCCGCACUUGCCCGACAAUGAUCCCUCGGGCAAGGGAAAGCAGGGUAGUAGCAGGGCGGCUGCGAGCCCGUCUCCUGCACGCCGGGGUCAGACGUCUGGACGUGGCAGCAGAGAGAAUUUAAGGAGUUUGCAGCAGCAUCAGUUGCUUAGAGGCCAUCUGGACAAUAUUUCGGAUGUGGCCCUGUUGGAGCAGCCGUAUGGCAUGGUGAUCAGCGUGGACAGGUCGGGUGUGGUGUUUGUGUUCCAGUAGAAAGGCUGGUAUCAGGCGUGUGAGAAAGAGUUGGUGAUAGAUAUUGAGAUGAUGCGGAUUGAAUGAUGGCUCUUAGAAUGUCAUGUUUUGCGCAUGUAUUGCAUUUGUACUGCGUGAGUGAUUGUUGUUUUGCGAUGUGCUGUUGCUCUCUUGCAUAUAGUU